AUGACCAGGCCCUGGUUGCUCUCCCUGCUCCUCCUCACCUUCCCAGCAGUCCUGAGAGCCAGCACAGACCUAGCCAAGAAUAAGGUGAAAGUGCUGAGGAAAUUAAAACCCAUCAGUACUUCGAAUGCCAACGUGAAGCAGUGUCUGUGGUUUGCAUUGCAAGAAUACAAUAAAGAGAGCGAGGACAAGUAUGUUUUCCUGGUGGCCAAGGUACAGCACGCCCAGCUGCAGGUCACGGAUCGCCUGGAAUAUCUUAUUGAUGUUAAAAUUGCCCGCAGCAAUUGCAGAAAGCCUUUAAACAAUAAUGAAAACUGUGUCAUUCAAGAAAACUCCAAACUGGACAAGAAAGUAAACUGCAGCUUUUUGGUAGGAGCGCUUCCCUGGAAUGGCGAAUUCACUGUGAUGAACAGGGAGUGCGAAGAUGCCUGA